GAAGCAUCAUUAUUCUCUCUGUUCUAGUGAAGAAGUAUUGUGACUGAUCAUCAUGCCUGAUCCCGCCAAGUCUGCACCAGCGCCCAAGAAAGGCUCCAAGAAAGCCGUGACCAAGACUCAGAAGAAGGACGGCAAGAAGCGUAGGAAGACCAGGAAGGAAAGCUAUGCCAUCUACGUGUACAAGGUGCUCAAGCAGGUCCACCCUGACACCGGCAUCUCCUCCAAGGCCAUGGGCAUCAUGAACUCCUUUGUGAAUGAUAUCUUCGAGCGCAUAGCAGGGGAAGCCUCCCGCCUGGCUCACUACAACAAGCGCUCCACCAUCACCUCCCGGGAGAUCCAGACCGCCGUGCGCCUGCUGCUGCCUGGAGAGCUGGCCAAGCACGCCGUGUCCGAGGGCACCAAGGCCGUCACCAAGUACACCAGCGCCAAGUAACCUGCUCCGCCUCCUGCUGUCACCCCAAAGGCUCUUCUAAGAGCCACCCACAUUGUCUAUAAUAGAGCUGGAGCU